AUGACCAGACCGCCGCCGCCGGCUGCGCUGGGGCCACUUCUCCUGCUGUGGCUGCUGCCGGCCUCGCUGCCCGUGCCCGGGGUCGAGGCUAGCAGGCCGAGGCCCCCGCUGCGCUGUCCCGCGGCCUGCGAGCCCACGCGCUGCCCGCCGCUGCCCGCCUGCUCCGCGGGGUCGUCGCCGGUGCUCGACGGCUGCCGCUGCUGCCGCGUGUGCGCGGCGGCCGAGGGCGAGGCGUGCGGCGGGGCCGCGGGCCGGCCGUGCGCUCCGGGGCUGCAGUGCGGCGCGCGGCUCGGCGCCCGGCGUCUCCGCGGCGCCCCGGGGGGCACGUGCGGCUGCCCGGCGGCGGGGGCGGCGGUGUGCGGCAGCGACGGGCGCACCUACCCCAGCCUGUGCGAGCUGCGCGCCCAGAACCGCGCGGCGCGUCUCCGAGGCGCGCUCCCGGCCGUGCCGGUGCUGAAGGGCGACUGCGCCGGGCGAGGGGCCUGGAGUGUCGGCCGGCUCCGGAGCCAGUACAACUUCCUCGCGGCGGUGGUGGAGAAGGUGGCGCCCUCAGUGGUGCACUUGCAGCUGUUCCGCAGGUCACCUCUUAGCAGCAAGGAUAUGCCUGCAUCCAGCGGCUCUGGGUUCAUAGUGUCUGAGGAUGGGCUCAUUGUUACCAACGCCCACGUAAUCACCAACCAGCAGCGGAUCCAGGUGGAGCUCCAGAGUGGGGUCCAGUAUGAAGCCACUAUCAAGGACAUUGACCAUAAAUUGGAUCUUGCACUGAUUAAGAUUGAGCCAAAUGGUGACCUUCCUGUAUUGCUGCUGGGAAGGUCAUCCGACCUGCAGGCUGGAGAGUUCGUGGUGGCCUUGGGCAGCCCAUUUUCUCUGCAGAACACAGUGACUGCAGGAAUCGUCAGCACUACACAGCGAGGGGGCAGAGAGCUGGGGCUGAAGGAUUCAGACAUGGACUAUAUCCAGACUGAUGCCAUAAUUAAUCACGGCAAUUCUGGGGGCCCCCUGGUGAACUUGGAUGGUGACGUAAUUGGCAUAAAUACACUGAAGGUGACAGCGGGAAUCUCCUUUGCCAUUCCCUCUGAUCGAAUUCGACAGUUUCUGGCAGAAUUCCACGAGCGGCAGUUGAAAGGAAAGGCUCUUUCACAGAAGAAGUAUCUUGGUCUGCGGAUGCUGCCUCUCACUAUGAACCUUCUUCAAGAGAUGAAAAGGCAAGAUCCAGAUUUUCCUGAUGUGAGUUCUGGGGUUUUUGUGUAUGAGGUGAUUCAAGGAACGGCUGCUGAAAGCUCUGGGUUGAGAGACCACGAUGUAAUUGUCAGCAUAAAUGGGCAACCUGUUACCACUACAACUGAUGUUAUUGAAGCUGUGAAGGACAGUGAUUCCCUUUCCAUUAUGGUUCGUCGAGGAAGUCAAACUUUGAUCCUGACAGUCACACCUGAAAUAAUCAAUUAAUUAUCUUGCUUUAAAGAGAAAUCAUCUAACAAAAUCAAAGCUAUAUUACCUGGUUUGUAUUGAAGAUGUGCCAAAGAUGGCAAGUUUUAGGGUCUCUUUCUUAAGAAAAAUGAAUGUUUUAAAAUACACAUGCGCGCACACACACACACACAGGGACUGUUAGA